AUGAGCUACGUGACACAACUGGCCCUCAUGAACGCCAAGUGGGAUGCGACGCAGACAAACCUAUCUGCAGCACCCAUAUCAAUGCCGCCAGCUCGGACGGAGUGCCCGGUUCCCUCGCCGAUGACCUCAAUGGAAGAAUUUGAUGCCUUUGAGGAGCGCCUCCUGGACACCAAAUACUGGCACAGCAGGCGCUACGAGUUUUCCCUCUUCUAUUUGGUGUCUAAGAGGCGUUCCUCAAAGGCAUCAAAUUCAGCCGGCGGUACAGGGCAUUCCGUCUGGACUGGCGGCAUAGAAAUUGGUUCUUCAAGGCCGCAUUCACCUUUGCGUCCAUGA